UGUGUCAGCAUCAUGGCCUGCAAAGAUACCACCAUCCUCCUCUGUCUUGUACUCUGUCUGGGCCAGACGAUUCAAGCACAGGAAGACUCCAUGAACCAAGAUUACACAGUGGGGAAUCUGACCCGCAUGGGCGUGGCAGGACUGAUCCUUUUGGCUCUCUUGGCAAUACUGGCUGAACAUUGGCACAGCCAUAGGAUGCCACACAAGGAAAGCUGGCCUCACCUGGCUGAACCAAGCUGGAGGAAACAGAAAUACGAGACAGAAUGGGCCCUUGGACAAACCUCUAGUGGCCACAGAUAA